AUGAUUACCGCCACGGAACCGCUGGAAUACUUUCCACGAGGCCGUCAGGUGGUGGAAAAUCAUCCUGGGCCGAACGUAGAAGACGAGCAAGCAAUAACCGGACAUCCAGUUGACUUUGUGUUGCUACAGCGCUUGCAAAACGUGAACAUCUCGUUAGAUGAGAACGAGCCGGUCGAAUCUUUUCGAUUGCGGGAAAAGCCAAUCGAAACGGGCCUGAAGAACAUUGACUGGGAUGGAGUGUCAACACCACAUCUUUGCAAGGAAGAAGAAUUAUAUGUGAAAGGUCACACGGCCGUGUGGACGCAUUGUAUGGGAAACGAAUCCCAAGGUCUACCGCAAACUACCUUUACAUGUGAUACUCCAAUCAGAUUCGCGUUUUUCUGUCCAAAACGGUUCAUUCGGCCAGAUACGACCUUGCCGGGGAAGAGCCAGUCCGACCUGGACGCUAUUUGCUUGAUCGAUAAGGACACGAUACACGUAUUCCUUGACGGUGGUGAGACGUACAAAGCAAUGCUGCAAUGUCCGGUGUCUGCUGUCUGGAUGAUACCGGAAGGUAUAAUGCUCGAGCGUAACGCAAGCCUCUCGGUAACGACAAGCCGGGAAGGCGUAUCAUGGCCCCGAUUGUUUACACUUACCUUCCCGCUAGAAGAAAUGAAACCUGUAAUGUUGGCGAUCGGUUCCAAAUUUGACUUCUUGGAUUCGCCAAACUAUCGUAUGGUGUUCUCAAGUGAAAGAGUAUCGCUCGUGCUGCUGUACGAUGAAAUAAGCGGCAAGCACUAUGUGUACAAGUUGCGGCCUGCCGCCGAGGAUGAAAUUGAUAUGAUAGAAUGCGUAGAUAACAUUGCUGAUACGGAGUCGGAAGACGAUAACAGCAAUCAGCCCCCCUCAGACGCAGGGCAUGAAUCAACCACCGAUCACAGACAAGCGCAGACGAAGAUGUUGGGAUCAAGCACGAAACUCGAACAUACGUUCGGUUCGACUGUAUCGUCUUGGAUCAAUUCGUUCCCGUUGGGCAAUAAUCCGUUUUCCGACCAACCGACUCGCACCGGUGAUGAUGUUAUGUUUGGAAUGGAUCGUAAUUGUAUUAUUCCUGAACAGCCGGAAACGCGUACUACGCUAGCACCUCAAUUCUGCCUGGAACAUGUGUGGACUGUGGAUGCUAUUAGCCGUGGCGCCGAAACCGGAACAAUGCCCAUUCCACGAUGGAGUUCAACGGACGGCGAGAUGGGUUCUGAAGGUUUUCUGCACACCGAUCUCGUUGGUAACAAUUAUAUUUGCUUCCUGCAGUCCCGUACCUGCCGGCUUACGCUUGUUCAAUACAACGAAACCAACCUAAGCGCAUUACAUAGUUAUAUGAUACCGGCCCGUUCCGCAAUCGCGCUCGACCACAUAAACAUGAUCGUGGUGCUAGAGUCCUCGGGUAGAUUGAUGCUGUACAGUGGCCCAAUUGCAGUAGGUAAGCUACAUGUAUCAGGUCUCCAAACUGACUGUUUCCGUGCGAACACUGUUGGAUCCGGUCAGACACCAGGGGCGUCCUUUAUUCCGGUACGUACAAACCAAACAUCAAGCAGUACAAAAAUCGCGUCGUCGGUGGGUUCAGCUACCUUACUGGAAGGAUUCCCGCGCCGUAGCACAUUACUGCCGAACGUAUCAGUCGUGGAUGGAAAAUUUGAGGAGGAAAUUCAUCUCUUAUCGCCCGUACGUCCAGUCUACCUGCCCGGAUCUGUUGCUAGCGGCGCAAAGCCAAAGCAUUCUUCCACCGCAAACGUACACAUGGCUCCCGACACCAGCACAGUUGUAAAGUUACGUGAUGCGACUGGGUCGCGCUUUACACUAAUGCUCGCCAAUGACAAACUGGUGCGGUUGGCUUUGGCACCGCUAGCUGAAUCGCAGCUCGUGCUUAGCUGCCUCAAAGUGAUGCGGCUUGCGUUACCGAAUGCGAUUAUUCAUGAAUUUCUAAUCCAUUGGUAUGGAACACGUAACGUGCCUGGUUCACAUGCCGGUUUCAGCGCACACCAAGAAUGGGAUCUAUUCUGUACGCUACUGUUCACGAUGAUGGGCAGACCGAUUGGGCCCCCGGAUGCGAAUGAUCGGGUAUCAGCUAGUGGACAUGAACUUUCCGGUGCUGGCAGUUCUGCCUGUAUCGACGAACCAAAGAAACGUCGCCGUGGUGAAAAUUCUCACGGUCACGCUGCUGAUUGGGAAUUUCUGAUGCGUCUUGCUACAGCGGAAUCAUUAGAGGAUGUAUCAGUGCGUUCGGAAUCGAUCAGCGGUGGACGACCAUAUCAAAAUCACGAACAAAACGGUCUGUACCCUUUCAUCCCAGUUAUCCUGGAAAUGUUCCAUCUGCUUUACGAGGAUUUGAAAAUGAAUGUGUGUCGGACGGACGAGCUGCAGUUGCUAGCGGGCUUCCUGUAUUGUCUUACAGCCGAUGCAAAGCUGGAAUCCUACCAGCUGCACUACCUUACCGACUUUCCCGAGCUACUUGACCGUUACCGACGGCAUGACGGAUGUCUUAUUGCCGAUUCCACCAUAUUCAAUCGGCUUGGUGCAGCGCAAACUUCGCCACCGCACGUGCUCAGCUAUAUCGAGCGAAUGCUGACCGGGUUGAACGAUGAAACGCCCUUUCCUUACCGAUCCGGCGUCAAUGAUUUUAGCUACGAUAUGCUAACGUUGGUGGCUUAUAUCUAUCGCAUCCCCGGAGCAUACGAUUGGGUCCAUCAACACUUGAAGGCGAUGCUGUCGAGCGAAUUCUUCGUACAACAAAACACAAGACAGCUGUGUCUGCAGCCUCCGUUGCAAACAAAUGCAGGUAGCGAUACGGAAGUUGACCCGGUUCCAGGCACAGUGGACAGCAACUUUGCACGUACGGGCGAUACCGUGUUGGCGUUUCUUGUCGAACGCGGCUAUACACGGCACCAGCUAGAACAGUUGCCGAUCGCAAUGCGUUAUAUAGUGUUGCACUAUUUGGAAGGGUGCCGGGAGUAUUUGGCCCAUGGGUUGCAGGCCGUCUUUUACGAUAUGUUAAUGCGGCCAGAACUGCGCGCACACAGUGUCUGCAGUGGGUUGCAAGAAUGGGUACCCGAUAUGGAGCUACAUGCAAACGACAACACGCAGCAGCGAUACAUAGCCAAUCCGAAGUACGACGAGAUCGACACUUGGCAAAAAGACAUGAGCGAAAUCGAGAUACGUGGCACCGGUGGUGGAGCAGUGGGGGCUGUCGGUGCAUCGACAAGCGGUACGGGUUCGAGCGCCCACAAGGACGACACAUUUCGUCAAGGUCGCGAUGAUGAUGGUAUGGGUGGACUGGACGAUGAGUUUCUUCAGCUACGCUUCCCUGAUGAUCGGCGCAUGGACGAUGUACGUGCGUUUCUCAACAGCUCGCAACGCAUACAGAUCAAUAUACCGCAGCCACCUAAUGUGCCCGAUCACGAGUUUCUUGAGGAGCAGGAACGCCGGCUGUACAUGCUAUGUCUGCGAACAAUGGCGUUGUCGAUCGGUCGCGGUAUGUUCACCGUCUUCUCGAGUCGACCGAGCGAAACGCAAACCGUUCCAAUUCCCCGCCUCUGUCUUUCUGGGCGUGAUGUAGUGCGUGGCACUACGAUUGAAAUACAGCAGAUAGAAGUACCGGCUAAUAUGAGCCUCUGGCCCGCCUUCCACAACGGUGUGGCGGCCGGUUUACGCAUCUGUCCCGACACGCCCCAUCUUACCUCGACGUGGAUUUCCAACAAUCGGCAGAGUGUACGCAACACUGUGCUACCACCGGGCACGGAUAGCUCCACCGAGCAUGGCGGGUUCCUGAUGGCACUAGGCCUUACCGGCCACCUGCGCAAGCUGUCCAUCUACAGCAUCUUCGACUAUAUGCUACGGUCCGAUGAGAUGGUACGGCUCGGGCUGCUUCUUGGCCUGGCGGCAGCACAUCGUGGCACGGGUGACCUCACCACGACGCGGUUGCUCGCGAUACACGUGGAAGCAUUACUGCCACCAACCUCCGUCGAGCUGGAUGUGACGCAGAAUCUGCAGGUGGCGGCCCUGUUGGGCGUCGGGCUUCUAUACCAGGGUACGGCAAAGCGCCAUAUGGUGGAAAUACUGUUACAGGAGAUUGGUCGUCCGCCCGGCCCGGAAAUGGAGAACUAUGUCGAGCGUGAAUCGUUCUCACUGACCGCCGGUCUUGCCCUUGGCCUGGUGACGCUCGGUCUAGGCGAUAGUUCAUCAUCGCUGCACGAUCUUGCACUGCCGGAUACGCUGUACUACUACAUGAACGGCGACAACCGGCGCCUGAUGGUGGGUGCGCAGAAGGAAAAGUAUCGGUUGCCCUCGUUCCAGAUCAAGGAAGGUUCGGCUGUAAAUUUGGACGUGACCGCACCUGGUGCAACACUUGCUCUCGGGCUAAUGUACUUUGCGACGGGCAAUGAGGCCAUCUCCCAGUUGUUGGAACCACCGACCACCAACUACAUACUGCAGUUUGUGCGCCCCGAUCUGCUACAGUUGCGCACUAUAGCACUGCACCUGAUAAAUUGGCAUCGUAUAGAGCCGACGCCCGACUGGGUGGACAAGCAGAUACCGGAACUGUUACAGCAGAAUGUGACACCGCUGGACGAAAUGGCGGAAGAGCUGGAACCUUCAGCUGACCAGCAACCGGACCAGAUGGAGAAGGUGCUCUAUGCGCAGGCAUACUGUAGCGUUAUGUGUGGCAGUGCGAUAGCAAUCGGAUUGCGGUUCGCCGGCACGGCCGAUGAAACAGCGGUUAGAACGUUGAACUAUUAUCUGCUAUACUUUAUCGAUCAGGGUAACAGGCUGCACAAAUGUUGCGCCGGAACAUCGUCCAAAUUUGCGCGAUCUGUGGGUCGUCAGAUGGUGGAAAAUUGCAGCAUGGUGCUGUUGCUGUCCCUGUCGCUUGUGCUGGCCGGAACGGGGGAUUUGCGCGUACUACGCGCGGUCAGAAUGUUACGUUCGCGCAUCGGGGUGCUGCAGGUUACGUAUGGUUCGCACAUGGCUAUCCAUAUGGCGCUCGGGUUUCUGUUUCUCGGCGGUGGCCGUUUUACACUCUCACGGUCACCAAGCGCAAUCGCUGCCCUCGUCUGUACGAUCUUUCCAAAGUUUCCCACCUAUAGCAACGACAACCGGUACCAUCUGCAGGCCUUUCGGCAUCUGUAUGUGCUAGCUAUAGAACCGCGCAUAUUUAUACCUCGCAGCAUCGAUACGGGCAAGCUGUGCAUGUGUCGAAUUCGGUAUGCAUUGCUCGGCAAGGAUAUGACGCCGGUGGAAAAGCUUGCACCAUGCCUGCUGCCAGAGUUCGACACGCUGGCGUGGAUCGAGGUGUGCGAUGAAAACUUUUGGCAUAUUCGCUUCGAUCGGCAAUACAAUUGGCAGAUUUUGGAGAGUAUCUUCAAGAAAUAUGAACGGGUGGAUGUGAAGCAGCGCAAUGGAUAUUUGUCUUAUGAAGAAGAUCCAGCACGUCCAAUUACAAGCCAGUUACCUUCAUCCUCCCACAGCCUUGCAGCAAAGAGCCUUUGGCACUAUGAGCCGUUAAAGCUGCUGGAACUUGUGGGGCAGACGGAGAUGAUCAAUGCCACGCGAAUGUUGCUGAUACCGCCUGAUACGCGUAAACUGCUAUGUUUGCUGGAACCGGCCGGGUCGCUCGAACAUGAGCGUCAUUACAUGAGCUUGUACGCAUACCAUGUGACCGAUUGUGUAUUGGACGAUCGUCUGCAUGCACUACCUAUAUAUCUCGGACUGACGCAGAUUUUGCAAGACAAUCCACAACGAACGUACAAAGCGAUGGACGCCUGGCAACUACGACUGUUUACGGUCGCACUCGACAAAAGUCAUAGGCCGUACAAAAUAGCGGGCUCACGAUGCUUACUGUCCGGCAGCUUAUUGCAGUCACUGCUCAAGCGCAUCUGGAAGCGGUAUGAUGAGCAAUUUUAUCGCUACAAACCUAUCAUUUGCCAAUAUUUGGGUCUGGAUACGAUCAUGAUCAACGAUCCAAUCGAAGGAUUACUGAAGAGCGACUGCCAGCAACCGCCGGAAGAUGAUACCGAUCGCGAACGUCGGCGGGAGCAUUUGAGUAACGUGAUGAAACUGAUCGUUCUGUACGAUAUACCGCACGGUACCCUACUUAGCGCCGGUCGAGUGUGAGGGAACAGUGUGCCGGAGAAUAUUUUCGUAUUUUUUCCCUAAAAAAAGACAUGAUAGAAACCACGUCUAGAACUACCAAUCGCAGGAAAUGAACCAGGGAUUGUUGCUUGAAGAUAAAGAAGUAUUUAAGAAUGGACCAAGCUCUCUAUUGAGUAUAAGGAAGAUUCGAAGCCAGGACACAGAACUUCAUACGAAACAGAAUCUCACAAACGCAAAACAACCAUACGUUUAAAGGACAUCUCUGCCCAGCUACAAAUCAUUCCUAGCGCAAUAUCAAAUAUCGUAUGUAUAACAAGAUAUUUCGUUACUUUUCAUUCAUUUAUAACAUAUCGUAAAGCCCCGGAUUUUACACUCUAUGCAGUACAACUGUUCACAAUUUGUUGAAAUACAUUGAAAUAAAUAUUAAACUACUGUAUUCCUUGCUGUAGGUUAGGCAUAUUUGGGUGAUCAGAAGAUGUUUCAACGUAUUGAAAUUCAAUUGAAAUAUUCAGGGAGUCAGUGAAAGUCUGUAAUGGCAGACAAUGGUUGUCAUGUGCCCUAUGAGUUUGCAGUACCUCAAAGAAGAAUAAAGCAAGAAUG